AUGUCAUUUCUUACCAAGAACCGAAGAACAAGUCCUCAAGAUGCCCCCGAAGCCACCCAAGACAAAUUUCCCGCCGCUCAGCUCGGCCUCCUAGCGCUGGUUCGAGUCGCAGAGCCAAUUGCCCUUACUUCGAUACUCCCAUACGCAUGGAAACUCGUCACCAACUUCCAAGUUGGGUCCGAAACGAGCGCACCGUUCUUUGCCGGUCUGCUCAUCUCUGCCUUCUCGCUCGCCGAGGCAUGUUCAGGCAUGUAUUGGGGCUCAGUGUCCGACCGUAUAGGUAGAAAACCCGUUGUCAUACUUGGAUGUCUUGGGACAAUGUCCUCUUUGCUACUUGUUGGCUUAGCUCCAAACUUUUGGGUCGCGCUCCUUGGGCGAAUCAUCGGCGGCGCACUCAAUGGCAACAUUGGCGUCAUCCAGACCAUGGUUGGAGAGUUGGUCAAGCGACCAGAGCAUGAACCGUCGAUUGGCGGAUACUUUGCUGAGCCCGCUCGUAACUUCCCAUCUGUCUUCAGCCCCACAGGCCUUUUUGCGAAGUUCCCUUACCUACUCCCAAAUAUCAUCUGCGCUUCCUUGCUUCUGCUCUCCAUCUUCAUGGCAUACUUCCUUCUAGAGGAGACUCACCCGGACAAGCAGCCACGAGGCUACUUCGAACAAUACGAUGCGGCUGUCGCAGAGACACCUCUUUUGCCAGCUCAAGGCGCGACGGCCGAUGCGUCGGCAAACCUGACCGCGGAAUCUUACGGCACCUUCAACGCCGUGGAAGUCGAACACGACGAGAUCUGGCGGGUGCGCUCCAACGGCGACUGGGUUGAAUCUCCGACGAGCGAGAAGGUCUUCACACGUCCAGUCAUCAUGUUCGUCGUCGCCCUAGGUAUCUUCACGUACCAUUCCAUGACAUACGAUCACUUGCUCCCCAUCUUCCUCCAAGACAAACGCGCCGACGAUGACAUGAACGCGCUCGACCUUUCGCCUUCGUCAUUGGGAGGUGGGCUUGGCAUACCCAUCCAGAAUGUGGGCAUUAUUCUUUCCCUCAACGGUAUCAUCCAGCUUGCUAUCCAGGGUUUCGUCUUCCCUCUACUGGCGGAUUGCUUUGGCGUAUGGCGUCUGCUUCUCAUGGUCACACUGGCACAUCCGAUCGCAUACUUUAUUGUUCCUUUCUUACAGCUUCUUCCGGAGAACUUGGUCUAUCCUGGUUUGUUCGCUUGCUUGACCGUACGGAACUUGACGUCGAUUCUCGCCUUCCCCCUCCUUCUGAUCAUGAUCAAAGAGGCUACGCCCGAUAGAUCGCAUCUUGGAAGAAUCAACGGAUUGGCUGCAUCUACCGGCGCUGCCUGCCGUACAGUAGCAAGUCCCAUCGCCGGUUUGCUCUACGGCCUCUCUCUCGAGCUUCACUUCACGCCUUUAGCUUGGUGGGGUUCCGCUCUGGUCGCAAUUUGCGGAGCUCUUCAGGUGCCCUUCCUCAAUCGCGCAGCGCAUGAGUGUCACGCUCGAGUGCGUAACGCGGCUAGCGACUAUCUGACCAAGGAGCGCCGUCGGAGCGAAGUGGUUCGCAUUGUAGUAGAAGAUCAAGAGUAA